AUGUCACUUGUGGAGGUUUUGCCGAACUACUUCACUCUUUCGAAGGACUCACCCCUUCGGAAGAAGUUCGAAAAGGUGUACAAAUGGUAUUCACCAGCCUUUUCGCCUCACGAUGUUCCGCGCUUUGCUGAGGUGGGGAAUAUCACCGAAAAUCCUGAAGUGAUGCGCGGCAUUCGAGACUUCUUCGUUGACCGCUAUAAAAAUCUUCAGCAGCCCAUCACCCACAUUUUGGGGUUUGACUCUCGUGGUUUUCUGCUUGGACCAAUGAUUGCAGUGGAGCUGAACGUGCCUUUUGUACUGAUAAGGAAGGCGAACAAAAUCGCUGGUGUUAUCAUUAAGAGUGAACCUUACACGAAGGAAUACGCCGCAGAAUCAGAGGAGUGCAUGACCGUUCGCUUCGGGAGCUUUGACAAGAAUUCUCGCGUUGUUCUCAUCGAUGAUGUGAUUGCCACUGGUGGUACCAUGCUUGCGGGAGUGCAACUUGUUGAUGCAUGUGGUGCCACUCUUGUGGAAGUGGCGGGUAUUCUCGGCCUCACUUUCCUCAAAGGAACGCAACCCGCCCAUACAUUUGCGGGAGGUCGGUACAGUAAUGUUCCAUUUGUCACUCUUGUGGAUGAAACUGUCCUUUCUGAUGAAAACUGUGGCGAUCCUCUUCAUCACAAGGGAUCCCGCAUAAUAAGCUGCGCCGAGGCAAAAAAAUUGAUUUAA